AUGCCUGCUGCCACCCCUCCUGCCACCCCCCUUGUACCCUCCCACUCUGCUGCCCCCCACCCUGCCACCCCCCCUGCUGCCCCCCAUGCGCCCCCCCACCCUGCAACCCCCCCUGCUGCUGCCCCCCACCCUGCUGCCCCGCAUGCGUCCCCCUACCCUGCUGCCCCCCACCCUGCCGCCCCCCCUGGCGCCCCCGCGGCUGCCCCCCCUCUCCAUGCCCCGCCUGUCGCCAGGAGCUGGGCACCAAGUGAGGAGGGGGGCAGAGCUGUGCCCCCCUCAGCAGCGCCGCCAGGGCCCGGUGGUGUGAUCCUCUACGUGGGCUCCACGGCGGGCAGCAGCCCCACGCGGGGCAGCCCCCCCGGCGCCCCGGGGGCCCCCUCGCCGCCGCUCUCGCUGCCCCCCGCGCUGGAGGGGCUGACGCUGACCGAGCUAGGGGUACCCCCGCCGGCACCCGCCGCUCCCCCCUCGCCCAAGGUGGCCUUCCAGUUCCCCGAGGGGGGCCGCUGCCCCGGACCCGGCCAGUCACCCCCCGCCGCCCCCCGUGCCGGCCCCCCCAAGCCCAACGGCCUCGCCGGCACCUUCGCCAAGACGGGGGGGAUGGUGCUGCUGUGCAAGGUGUGCGGGGACAUUGCCUCCGGCUUCCACUACGGCGUCCACGCCUGCGAGGGCUGCAAGGGCUUUUUCCGCCGCAGCAUCCAGCAGAACAUCAGCUACAAGAUGUGCGUCAAGAACGAGAACUGCCUCAUCGUGCGCAUGAACCGCAACCGCUGCCAGCACUGCCGCUUCAAGAAGUGCCUGGCCGUGGGCAUGUCCCGUGACGCCGUGCGCUUCGGGCGCAUCCCCAAGCGGGAGAAGCAGCGGCUGCUGGACGAGAUGCAGAGCUACCUGCAGCGCCUGGGCGAGGGGCCGGGGGGGCCGGGCCCCGAGGCGCCCCCCAGCCCCGACGGCGCCGCCGAGGAGGCCAUCGGCGCCGUCUCCCGCGCCUACCGCGCCAUCUUCGGCGGCGGGCCCCUGGCGGCGGGGGGCUACGAGCCCCCCGAGGGCGCCCGCCGCUUCGGCCCGCCGCCCGCCGGGCGCUGCCCCCCCUGCGAGUUCGCCUGCGGCCCCCCCCGCGCCUGCCCCUGGCGGCCCCCCGGCCCCCGCGGCAUCGCCUGCCCGCUGAACCGCAGCCCGUGGUGCGGGGCGGGCGGCAGCCGGCAGCAGGCCUGGCAGGAUUUCUCGCGCUGCUUCACGCCCGCCGUCACCGAGGUGGUGGAGUUCGCCAAGAGCAUCCCCGGCUUCCAGGCGCUGGGCCAGCACGACCAGGUGCUGCUGCUCAAGGCCGGCACCUUCCAGGUGCUCAUGGUGCGCUUCGCGGCGCUCUUCCACCCGGCGCAGAAGGCCCUCACCUUCCUCAGCGGCGACACCUACUCGCUGAGCAGCCUGCGGGCCCUGGGCAUGGGCGCCCUCCUCGACGCCAUGUUCGACUUCAGCGAGAAGCUGGCGGCGCUGGCGCUCGACGCGCAGGAGCUCGCGCUCUUCAUGGCCGUGGUGCUGCUGUCGGCGGAGCGAGCGGGCAUCGCGGCGGCCGAGGCGGUGGAGGCGCUGCAGGAGACGCUGCUGCGGGCGCUGCGGGCGCUGCUGGCCCGCCGGCGCCCCGAGGACGCCGGGCUCUUCGCCCGCCUGCUGCUCCGCCUGCCCGACCUGCGCAGCCUCAACAGCCAGCACGCCGAGAAGCUCCUCGCCUUCCCCAUCGAGCCCUGAGCCCCCGCCAGCGGCAGCCCGGCGGUGUCCCCCCCCCACACACAC